UCAACGGUUCAAGCCCCAAGUCAAACAUUAGAGAGUUUAUUUUGUUAGCCAAGUAAAAAUCCCAUUUUUUCUAUCCCUAAAUGAAAGUUUGUGAUAGUACGGUUUACCUUAUUUAGCAAAAAAAUCCUUUAUUUUGCCCCAUUCAAGAGAAAUUUGGAACUGUUUUAUCCUUCUUAAGAUUUUAGACCAUCAUAACUAAGUGCCCUCACGUGUCAAGUCUACCUGAUGACUACAGGUUCGAGGCGUAUCUCCUGAACACGCUUCCGGAAAUUUUGGAAACCCUAAAUUUAGAUAUAAUUUUGUAUUAGCUCGACCUAAAUUCAUUGAAUUUAGACGAACUUUGACCAAAUUUAUAUGUCAUGGUAUAAAUUUGUUUGAACCUAGUUCGGCACCUCGAGGUAGAACAGAGUAGACCGCACCCAAGUUGGUUAGGCCACACCAGUUUGUAGCCGACCACACUGAGUGGCCACGUAGGCAUGACAUGUAGGGUCACUUUGAUAUGAUUCAAACUAAAUUUAAAUCAUAACAUUUAAGUUUAGCCAAAUUUGCCCUAAAUUCAAUGAAUUUCGAUUGAGAUAACACAAAAAUGUUUUCAAAAUUUUAGUGACCAUAAAUUUUUUAGGAUUGCCGAAUUUUGAAAUCGUUGUCAGAAGCGUAUUUAGGAGAUGUGCCUCCGACAUGGAGAUGCUACAUGGGUCUGACAUGUGUGGCCACUCUGAUACGAUGACCGAAAACCUCAAAAAGGAAUAAAACAUGUCAAAAAUUUGUAAAACUGGCGAAAACAAAGAAAUUUUUGUUGGUUUUUGUUAAUGGAGUAGCAUAUGUCACGAACUUCUUUAGUGGGGCAAGUGGGUCAAAAAGUGAAGUUCCUCUUGUCAUUCUCGACUGGUAUCCAAUUUGGUAUUCAAUUUUUGAAUGGUAUACUUUUUUUUUCAAAAAUAGAUGGUAUACUGUUGUUUUUCCAUGCGAGAUGGAGAUCCAACGGUGCCAGAUCUCAUUCGAGGUGGAGCGAUGGCUGCUAAGCCGGACUCUAUCUUCACGAUCUCACAUUCAAACUCAACGUAGAUAGAAUAGAGCCUCGUGUCUCCGGUGGACUCAUCAUGUCUGAAGUUUACGACCAAAUCUCUCCAGACAGCUCUCUUAUCUGUCCGGCCAUAUAUAAGAACUCAAACCAUAAUUCGUUUUUCUCUUCCUCUCUCUCUUUUCUUCGAUCGCUUCUCCGUUUUCCUUCUUCUCCGGCCGGUAGACAUACAUGACUGGCAGGACGACGAUGGUGGAGCUGGAGUCGCAGCAGGAGUCGUCGUCGACGAUGAAGGUGGCCUCCCCGAGGCACGUCGCCGCCACCGCCGCGCUCCGCGCCGGUGCCUCCGCCGCCUCCCUCGCCGCCGCCGUCCUCGUCGUCACCAACCGCCAGGAGCGCUGGGGCAUCCCCGUCAACUUCACCAUGUUCGACGUCUGGGUGGCGUUCGUGGCGGUGAACUUCUUAAGCUGCGGCUACGCGCUGCUGACGGCGAUCACGGUGAAGAAGCUCGUGGGGAAGAGCUGGCUGCACCAUGCUGACCAGCUGGCGGUGAACCUGCUGGCGGCGGCGACAGCGGGGGCGGGCGCCAUCGGGUCGGUGGCAAUGUGGGGGAACAAGACCAGCGGUUGGUUCGCCGUGUGCCGGCUCUACCGCCGGUACUGUGACGUCGGCGCCAUCGCCCUGGCGCUCUCCUUCGCCGCCGUGCUCUUCCUUGGCGCCGCCUCCGCGCUCUCCCGCUACCCGAGGACGAUCGCCAGACAGCUGAAUUGGUAGUUCGUCGGCACAGCUUUCAUGACCUCUUCUUUUUUGGGUAUUAGGACAGAUAGAAUAGCACCUUAAAUUAGUUCAGUUUGAUGCUUAUACUCCAGUAUAUACUUAUACUCCUGUAUGAAGUCUCCCUAGAAUCAUAGUGGAUGUCUCAUACUAGUUUUGGAACAUAAUUUAAUUAUAGUUGAUAUAUUA